GGACAAGUUAUUUAGGUUGGUCACAGUCCCUAUCCCACCUGGGUUUCACACUCUAAGUGCCCGUCCCCUAAUGCCCAGUAGAACGCUCUGCCCACAGUAGGCAUCCAGUAAAGCAUGGAUCCCCACCCAGGCCUCGCCCUAAUUGGUUCCUGUUGAUGGCGUGACUCCAUUUCUUCUCCAGGACAAAUGGAAACCCUGGGAAAAAAUAACGACUCUGAAUCCGUGAGCGGGUUCGUCCUCCUGGGCUUCCCAUGCCGCCGGGAGAUCCGGCCCCUCCUCUUCUCCUUCUUCUCCGCAUCUUACGCGCUGACCCUGCUGGGGAACGGGGCCAUCGUCUGUGCCGUGCGCCGGGACCGCCGCCUCCACACCCCCAUGUACCUCCUCCUGGGGAGUUUCUCCUUCCUGGAGAUCUGCUACGUCACCUCCACGGUCCCCAACAUGCUGGCCAACAUCCUCUCCGAGACCAAGGCCAUCUCCCUCGCGGGCUGUUUCCUCCAGUUCUACUGCUUCUUCUCGCUGGGCACCACGGAGACCUUCCACCUGUCGGUCAUGGCGUUUGACCGGUUCCUGGCCAUCUGCCGGCCCCUGCGCUAUCCCUCGAUCAUGACCCCGCAGCUCUGCACGCUCCUGGUGGUCACCUGCUGGGUGGGAGGCUUCCUCUGCUUCGUCCUUCCUGUUUACCUGGUGGCCCGGCUGCCCUUCUGCAGCCCCAGAGUCAUCGACCACUUCCUGUGUGACCCGGGGCCCUUGCUGGCCCUGUCCUGCACGCCCGCACCUGGCGUGGAGCUCACCUGUGCGGGGCUCAGCUCCCUUCUCCUCUUGUCCACCUUGGUCUUCAUCCUGGGUUCCUACGCGCUGGUGCUCCGGGCGGUGCUGCGGGUGCCCUCGGCCGCCGGCCGGCGCAAGGCCUUCUCCACCUGCGGCUCCCACCUGGCCGUCGUAGCAUUGUUCUACGGCUCCGUCAUGGGCACCUACGUGAGCCCCGGGGCCGGGAGCCCUGGAGGAGGCCAGAAAGUCGUGACCCUGUUCUACUCGGUGCUGACGCCGCUCUGCAACCCGCUCAUCUACAGCCUCCGGAACCAGGAGAUGAAGGCCGCUCUCUGGAAAGGGCUGGGGGCGCGGGGAGCGGGUCCGAGGCGGGGGAGGGGCUGCAGGGACCCGACCAGCUCCUGGGAGCCACAGAAAUGA